AUGGCUUCGGCAGAUCACAUAGUUUUCCAGGGCGGGAGCAUCUUCCAGGCGCAGGUAGACGGAGACAAGACCGGGGAGCCGUCGUUUGCCAGCUGCAUGGUUGUCAGGGAUGGCGUGAUCCAGCAUGUGGGCGCGGACAAGGACCCGGCCGUGGUGCAGGCAACGGAGGCGGGGGCCGAGGUACGCAACCUGGGCGGCAGGAAGGUCCUUCCCAGCUUCAUAGACGGCCACAUCCACCUCCUCCUGCUGGGCCAGUCGCUCACCAAGGUGCCCCUGGACGGGUGCAAGACGCUCGAGGAUAUCCGGACGGAGAUCAGGCGCGCGGCGCGGGAGAACCCGACGGCGACGCGCAUCUUCGCGCGCGGGUGGAUGCACUCGAUGACCCCAGACGGCGUGGACGCCAGCCUGCUCGACGACCUGGACCCGCGGCCCAUCUUCGUCGACACAAAGGACCUGCACUCGACGUGGUGCAACAGUGCGGGGCUGGCCGAGGUGUGCGCGACCAUGGGCAUCGACCCGGACGGCAAGUCGCCCGACCCCUCGGGGGGCACCUUCCAGCGCGACCGCGACGGCAGGCCGAACGGCGUCUUCAACGAGAGCGCCGUCUUCGAGACCAUCUGGCCGUUCCUCGCGCAGGUGGCGUCCAUGGAGGAGCGCAAGGACGCCAUCCGCGCCGCCAUCAAGGCCUUCAACUCGGUCGGGUACACGGGCAUGAUCGACAUGGCCAUGGACGACACCAUCUGGGAGCCGCUCCUGGAGCUGCGCAACACCGAGGGUCUCUCCUCGAUGCGCGUGGCGGCGUACUGGCUGAUGAAGCCCAUCAAGGAGGGGGAGUCCAUCGACGCCGUCCUCGCCCAGGUCGACCGCGCUGCCGACCUGGCCCGCCGCCACAGCGACCCGGACUGCCGCGUCGUCGGCAUAAAGGUCAUCUGCGACGGCAUCGUGGACGCGUGCACGGCCUCCCUCAAGGAGCCCUACUCCUCGGGGACACCGACCCCGGGCCCCAUCUGGACCGAGGAGGUCCUCCACCCCCUCGUCGCCCGCGCCCAGCACCACGGCCUACAGGUCGCCCUACACGCCAUCGGCGACAACACGGUCCGCAUGGCCAUCGACGUUCUCGAGCGCAAUGCCGACCCGGCCCGCCGCCCGCGUAUAGAGCACAUCGAGCUCGCCUCCGAAGCGGACGCCGCCCGCCUCGGCCGUCUAGGCAUCACCGCCUCCGUCCAGCCCGUCCACUCCGACCCGGCCAUCCUGCGCGCCUGGCCCCGCCUCAUCGGCGAGCACCGCUGCUCCAGGGCUUUCGCCUACCGCGAGUUCGCAGACGGAGGGGCCGUCCUCGCCCUCGGUACCGAUGCCCCCACCGCACCUCACGUCCCCAUGCCGAACAUGUACGUCGCUACUACCCGGCGCUCGUACCGCGAGCACGGCGCUGCCGACGAGCCUGACCCUGUCAACCCACACUUUGCGCUGUCGGUGUGUGAGGCCAUCACGGCGGCCACGCACGGCUCGGCGUACUCCUGCUUCGCGGAUGCCUGGACGGGGAGUCUACGCGCUGGCCUCAAGGCUGAUUUCGUCGUGUGUGAUGUCGAGCUGUCGCCUGAUCAGCUCGUUCGGGGAUUGGUUAAGGAGACGUGGUUUGAGGGGAGGAGGGUGUUUGCUGCUGAUGAGUAG